CCCCAAGUUAAGAUGGCAGCGUCGGUGGCAGCUGCAGUCGGUGGACUGCGGCGGGCCAUUCGAAGGUCGCCCUCAUGGCUGGGCCCCAGCCGACGGCCGCUCUCAUCCGAGCUCCCUCCAACCCAAGCUACGGCCGUACGUGACGCCUUUCUGAGCUUCUUUCGGGACCGCCAUGGCCACCGACUGGUACCAUCGGCUUCCGUGCGACCCCGCGGCGAUCCCAGUUUACUUUUCGUCAAUGCUGGAAUGAACCAGUUCAAGCCUAUCUUCCUGGGCACUGUGGAUCCACGAAGUGAGAUGGCAGGCUUCCGACGUGUGGCCAACAGCCAGAAAUGUGUGAGGGCUGGAGGACGCCACAGUGACCUAGAGGAUGUGGGCCGAGACCUUUCUCAUCAUACCUUCUUUGAGAUGCUUGGCAAUUGGGCAUUUGGGGGUGAAUAUUUUAAGGUGGAGGCUUGCAGCAUGGCCUGGGAGCUGCUGACUCAGGUCUAUCAAAUCCCUGAGGACAGGCUAUGGGUCUCCUACUUUGGUGGUGACCCCAAGGCAGGGCUGGACCCAGACCUAGAGAGCAGGGACAUCUGGCUCAGCUUAGGGGUGCCUGCCAGUCAUGUGCUUUCCUUCGGACCACAAGAGAACUUCUGGGAGAUGGGGGAUACUGGCCCUUGUGGGCCCUGUACGGAGAUCCACUAUGAUCUGGCUGCUGGGGUAGGAGCCCCCCAGCUGGUGGAGCUUUGGAAUCUGGUCUUCAUGCAGUACAACAGAGAGGCGGAUGGAAGUCUGCAACCCCUGCCCCAGCGGCACGUGGACACGGGAAUGGGCCUGGAAAGGCUGGUAGCUGUGCUGCAAGGCAGAUGCUCCACCUACGACACUGACCUCUUUUCCCCGCUGCUCAACGCUAUACACCAGGGCUGCGGGGCACCCCCUUACUUGGGCCGGGUAGGGGCAGCCGACGAAGGCCGCACAGACAUGGCAUACCGCGUAGUGGCUGAUCACAUUCGCACACUCAGUGUCUGCAUCGCUGAUGGUGUCUCCACUGGAAUGUCAGGCGCCCCGCUGGUUCUUCGUCGCAUCCUCCGUCGAGCAGUGCGGUUCUCUACAGAGGUGUUGCGGGCACCACCUGGCUUCCUGGGCAGCCUUGUACCUGUAGUGGUGGAGACACUGGGAGACGCUUAUCCGGAACUACAGAAGAACUCAGCCCAGAUAGCCAACCUGGUGUCGGAGGAUGAGGCAGCCUUCCUGGCCUCCCUGCAGCGGGGUCGUCGGAUCAUUGACCGGACCCUGAGGCGUCUGGGACCUUCUGAAGUCUUCCCUGCCGAAGUGGCCUGGUCCUUGUCAAUGUCUGGGGACCUGGGGCUCCCCCUGGACCUGGUAGAGCUGAUGCUGGAGGAGAAGGGAGUGCAGCUGGACUCGGCUGGGCUGGCACGGCUGGCACAGGAGGAAGCCCAGCACCGGGCCCAGCAGGCUGAGGCAGUUGAGGAGCAGAGACUGAGGCUUGACAUCCAUGCAUUGGGGGAGCUGCAGCGCCGAGGUGUGCCUCCAACCGAUGACAGCCCCAAGUACAACUACCGCCUUCUCCCCAGCGGGGGUUACGAGUUUGGCCCCUGCGAGGCCCAGGUGCUCCAGCUGUACACAGAAGACGGGAGAGCUGUGGCCUCCGUGGGGGAAGGCCAGCACUGUGGCCUCCUCUUAGACAAGACCAAUUUCUACGCUGAACAAGGGGGUCAGGCUUCAGACCGAGGCUACCUGGUGCGGCUGGAGCAGCAGGAUGUGCUGUUCCCUGUGGCCCGGGCCCAGGUCUGUGGAGGCUUCAUCCUCCAUGAGGCUGUGGCCCCUGAGUGCUUGAAGGUGGGGGACCAGGUGCAGUUGCACGUGGAUAAGGCCUGGCGUCUGGGCUGCAUGGAGAAGCACACGGCCACUCACCUGCUAAACUGGGCACUGCGGCGAUCUCUGGGCCCUGGCACAGAGCAGCGAGGCUCCCAUCUGAGUCCCGAGCGGCUGCGCUUUGACGUGGCCACCCAGGCUCCACUGACCCCAGAGCAGCUCCAGGCAGUGGAGAGUGCUGUGCAGGAGGCUGUGAGGCAGGAUGAGGCCGUGUACACAGAGGAGGUAGCCCUGGCACACACCGCACAUGUCCCUGGCCUGCGCUGUCUGGAUGAGGUCUACCCAGACCCGGUGCGGGUGGUGUCAGUGGGGGUGCCUGUGGCCCGUGCACUGGACCCAGCCUCUCAAGCUGCACUGCAGACUUCAGUGGAACUGUGCUGUGGGACGCACCUGCUGCGCACGGGGGCUGUAGGGGACCUGGUCAUCAUCGGGGAGCGCCAACUCGCCAAGGGCACCACCCGCCUGCUGGCCGUCACUGGGGAGCAGGCCCAGCAGGCACGAGAAGUGGGCCAGAGCCUGGCCCAGGAGGUAGAAGCAGCCACAGAGCGGCUGAGUCGGGGCAGCCGGGAUGUGGUGGAGGCUCAGCGGCUGUCCAAGGACAUGGGACGACUCACUGAUGCUGUGGACACUGCUGUGAUGCCCCAGUGGCAGCGGCGGGAGCUGCAGGCCGCACUGAAGGUGCUGCAACGGCGUGCCAACACUGCUGUCCGGAAGCUGGAAAUGAGGCAGGCUGCACAGAAAACGCAGGAGCUGCUGCAGCGGCACUCAGAGGGGCCCCUGAUUGUGGACACAGUUUCCACUGAGUCCCUCUCAGUGCUGGUAAAGGUGGUCCGGCAGCUGUGUGAGCAAGUGCCCAGCACAUCCGUGCUACUACUCAGCCCCCAGCCCCUGGGGCAUGUGCUGUGUGCCUGUCAGGUGGCCCAGAGUCCCACACCAGCUUUCACAGCAGAGGCCUGGGCGCUGGCCGUGUGCAGCCACAUGGGGGGCAAGGCCUGGGGCUCUCGAGUGGUUGCCCAGGGCACCGGAAACACUGCUGACCUGGAAGCUGCCCUCAGUACAGCCCGAGCCUAUGCCCUCAAUCAGCUCUGACCCAGGGACUCACAUAGACUGAAGAGACAGGCCAGUGACAGAUACAGGUCAGUUGCUGACUAUGGCGAAAACCAAUCAAACAAAACUUCCUGAAGGAACCAGCAGAACCCCCCUGGAGAAUGAAGGGGAGGACUAGAGGCGGGAGGCCAAGCAGCUGAGCUGAAGAGAGCCAGCCUGGGUUGGGUCCUGCCUGGACACCAGAAGAUGUGGGCCGGCCAAGCCAGAAGUGGGGCCAGAGACACCCGCACUAAGUGAAUGUGAAAACAUGGGCUGUCCUAGCUGAGACUGUUCGUUAAAAAGUAUUCCCCCACCCUGCCUGGUGUGGCUCAGUGGAUUGAGUGCCAGCCUGUAAACCAAAGGGUCAUGGGUUCGAUUCCCAAUCAGGGCUCAUUCCUGGGUUCCAGGCCGGGUCCCCAUUUAGGGGCAUGUGAGAAGCAACCACACAUUGAUGCUUCUCUCCCUCUCUUUCCCCUGCCUUCCCCCUCUCUAAAAAUAAAUAAAGUAUUUUAAAAAUAAAAA